CAGCACCAGUGACGUCAUAAACAUUGGGAAAGCAUUCUAGGAUUUGCUCUUCAGUGCGGAGAUUCUCGAGGCAUUAAAUGUAUGACGUGAAGUUUUACGCCACUAGUCAAUAGUAUUUGUAUAAGAACAUUGUAGUUAAUAUUAUAAUGUCUACUCCGGCGAGACGACGACUCAUGAGAGACUUCAAAAGGUUGCAGCAAGACCCGCCUGCAGGAGUUAGUGCCGCUCCAACAGAGAACAAUAUCAUGAUCUGGAAUGCAGUCAUUUUUGGGCCACAUGACACUCCCUUUGAGGAUGGUACGUUCAAACUUACGUUGGAAUUCACAGAAGAGUAUCCUAAUAAGCCCCCUACAGUUAAAUUUGUGAGCAAGAUGUUCCACCCUAACGUUUAUGCAGAUGGUGGGAUAUGUUUGGAUAUUCUUCAAAACAGAUGGUCCCCAACAUACGAUGUAGCUGCCAUUCUUACCUCCAUACAGUCGUUGUUGGACGAGCCCAACCCAAAUUCUCCGGCAAAUAGUCUGGCGGCACAGCUCUAUCAGGAGAAUCGUCGUGAAUAUGAAAAACGUGUAGCUGCUAUUGUAGAGCAGAGUUGGCUCAAUUUUCAGGAUGAAGAUGAAGGAGAAGACAUGAAGAAGGAUACCUAGGGAUUGGAGGUGAUGUCUGGAGGGCUGGCCCACUAGCCCUUGCCUUUGGGCUAGGGACCGUCACACUGUCACACACCCUGCUUUACACCACACCUGCCCAUUCCUCACCCUCUCACCCACCCACCCACCAUAACUCUAUACUCUGAGGAACUUUUGUUUUCUCCAAAUAAAAUAUUUGAUAUUGGUGCACCAAAAUAAGUAGAGGAAUCUUAGGGUUUGAUCAUAGCCCAAGUAUCUUGAAAGGUGAAUUUAUAUCAUUACUAAUUAUCAAAGUCAGAUAUACUGUAUUAGCUUUACUAAAAUCAGCUCUUUUUGUACACAAAGGUACAUGUGAUGUCAUUUGUUGUGCAGAUGAUGAAGCUGUCAGGUGUAGUGUGUUGUAGGGUAGGUGGCAGACAAUCAGAGGAGAGUCUGAAAGAUCUAUCUUGUGUGGCCAAGUAGCUUGUUGGCUGCCCACGUUCAGGCUUGUCUUUAAUACUUGGCUAUUUACAGUGCUGCAGCCAAUAUAGUUUAAUACAUUUUAUUUCGUUUUCUGCCUCUGCAAGUUCUGUGAGCCUUAUCAUUAUUAUCAUGUAAGCUGCAUAAAGUGUUCAUUAUUUCUGGUAAGAUAUUUUUGAAGUGAUAGAUGUGAGUGUUGUGUACUUUCUCUCCUCACUGGACAGUACAUGUGUGGAUAUGUAUCAUUAUAUUCAAUUCAUAUGGCUGUAUGCAAGGCUUUUGCUUCUGUGCAGAUCCCAACUGCAAACUCCAGACUCUUAACCUAAGACUGAAUUCAUAGAUGAUUCUGGGAUUCAGCAGGAAUGCAUGUAAGUAUUAUACUUUACAUUAACUGUUUGGCCAAAUCUUUGCUUACACUGACAAAUAAAAAAUUUGGCCUUAUAUGCUAGUAUGGAUCACUAGUGUGCUUGAUAUAAGAAAAUUUUGAAGGGGGAAUAGUCCUUAGUUAUAUAUACAUUUUAUCCCAUUUUUCAUUACACCAAAAUUUAGUUUGGAGACCAUGAGGGGUGUAUGCUGAAGAUGCAGCCCAAAUACGUACAUUUUGUGAGCAAAUGAAAAGUGACUUUCAGGUUUUAUCUGUACCAAGUGAUAACACCUUUGUUGUAUGAAGCUUACAUAUUUGCAUAAUUUGGUGCUUUUUUUCCUUUCUUGCAAGUCAGUGGUAUUGCUUUUCAUAAUUUUGGAUACUGAAGGCAGUGUUUAAUAGGGCACUAUUUGUAUGUAGUGGCAUAUGUCAUUUCUUGUAUUUUUUUCUUUAUCAAGAAUUUUUUGCGAUGUUCUGAAAGAUUAAAGGGCUCUCAGUAAUGGUUUGUGCAUCAUUGGCUCUGCCUUGACAUGCAUGCAUAUGAAUUUAGCUACAUGAUUGGAGAUUACUUUGAUGUUCAUCUCAGUAUAUUGAAGAAUUGGUCUUUUAAUCGGUUUGUAAUUGUUCCUCCUUCUCCAGUACAGUACUAUCAUAAAUAUCCCACUGGAAUAUAAAAAAAAAGUUAAGAGACCCCACAAACAAAAGUAGUCAUAUAAAACCCAAGUUGGGUGUGUGAUAUAUAGAGACUUGAGUCUUUACCAGUGACAGUACCACCAGGGUUAAUAAGCUCGGUUCAUAACAGUACCAGAGUUAAGAGAAAUUUCUCCAUCAAUUUUUAAUUAUCCGAUAAAUACAACAUUUCAUAUUAAUUGUAUGAAGUGAACUUAGGCAUAAUUGUAUGCUUUAACAGGCUUUAUUAUUGGUUAUAUGAUUAUUAAUCAGAUUUAUCAUCCUUGUGGAAGUUUUCAAUGCAACUAAUAGUUAAUACUUGUAAGGUGUUGAUGUUUUCUGGGAUUAAAAUAUGUAAGUGAAUCAUUUGGUCUCUUGAGUUGUUUGUAAUGGAACAAUUAGUUUGCAAGCUCAUGCAGUUUAUUUCUAGGACAAAAGUUUAGGUAAAAAAAAAGAAAAAAAAAGAUGACAUUAUGAACCUUAGGUGGCUGUAGUGUAGUAACUGUCCCGCAAGAUACUCUGAUACCAAAUGCUCUUGUUCAUUGUUUACAAAUGGAGAGUUUUAUUCUUUACUCUUUCAAAAUAUACCACAUGUACAUGAAAUAACUAUUGGUCUAGUUAAAGUACACUUGUGUAUAAAUUCUGUAGAAUGAGUGACUUGUCUGAUAAAAUUCAUCCCUGGUUUGGUGUCUCCCUAAGAAAAUGUAGAAAACAGAUCUUUCAGUUAUAGGACAGAUGAUUUCCUAAGUGAAAUAAAAAAUUGUGCUUUGUGUAUAUACUGUAAUGUUAUCAAUAAAUUUCAUCCAUAA